UCUUUGGAGCUCCUGUGUGGUCCUGCCCCUCCUGGCUCUUACCUGGAUGUCUGCAGUUCUGGCAAUCACAGAUCGGCGGUCAGCGCUCUUCCAGAUCCUUUUUGCCGUCUUCGACUCAUUGGAAGGUUUUGUCAUUGUGAUGGUCCAUUGUAUCCUUAGGAGGGAGGUUCAGGAUGCUGUGAAGUGCCGAGUAGUAGACCGCCAGGAAGAGGGCAAUGGAGACUCUGGGGGCUCAUUUCAGAACGGACACGCUCAACUAAUGACCGAUUUUGAGAAGGAUGUGGAUAUGGCUUGUAGAUCAGGUGAGCACAUCACAGUGCUGAAUAAAGACAUCACAGCCUGCAGGACUUCCACCAUCACAGGAACACUGAAGCGCCCAUCACUACAGGAUGAAGAGAAAUUGAAGCUCAAUCAUCAGAAGGGGUCAUCAAACUUUAACAGUCUUCCAGCCAAUGUGUCCAAGUUGCAUCUUCAGGGCUCCCCACACUACCUGGGGGCCAUCAACCUGAAUGAGUUCAGCAAUCACAGUCUCACUCUGAAGAAGGACAAGAAUCAACCACCCAAGUCUAUCUACAUCUGUGACGGGGACAUCUUCAAGAAGUUGGACUCAGAACUCUCCCGGGCACAAGAACAAACACUGGACACCAGCUAUGUCAUUCUGCCUACCAAUACAUCUACCUUACGGGCCAAACCACCCAAGGAUGAGAGCAAAUACAGCAUCAAUAUAGACCAGAUGCCCCAGACACGGCUGAUCCACCUCAGUAUGGCUACCGACCCAGGUUUUGUCGUCAAAAGUCCUCCACGGGAACCUGUGACCAUGACUUGCAGUGAGGUGCAAGGUUCUCCCAUGAUACAACAACAGCAGCAGCUGCCUCCACAGAAUAUCCCCAGCGAGUCACAGAUUCCCAACAGCCUGUGUGACACAGGUGACUCAGGGAACUCAGGUGUGGUGUCCAAGAGUGAAACCGUCUCCACUCUCUCCAUGAGCUCCUUGGAGAGACGGAAAUCACGGUAUGCAGAACUAGAUUUUGAGAAAAUCAUGCACACAAGAAAACGUCACCAAGAUAUGUUCCAAGAUCUGAAUAGAAAACUUCAGCAUGCAGAGAAGGAGAAGGAGUCUCCAACAACGGACAGCAAGCAAGAAAAACAGCAGACACCAAACAAGAGACCCUGGGAAGGAAUCAGGAAAGUCCAGUCCCCACCGUCAUGGGUUAAAAAGGACAUCGAACCUGUGGCACAAUCUCCCCUAGAACUAAAAACUGUAGAGUGGGAGAAAACAGGGGCCACCAUCCCUCUGGUGGGACAAGACAUUAUUGACCUUCAGACGGAGGUCUGAGCGAAAGGGGAAGAAAGGGACUUUUUUUUCCAGAAAACAAAUGAAACAAACAAACAAAACCACGUUUUAAAGAAAUGAUUAAAUUAAAUCGGAACCGAGCGAGAGAAGUGUUUGGUUUCUUUUGAAACCUUUGGUAAGACGGAGUAACUUUUGUAUCGUUCUCAGCAGAGUGGGGAAAUAUUGCUUUAUAGAGUAUAGUAGAUGUAGGUUCAGGACAACACGAGCUUUGCCAGGUAGGACUGGAGAAGAAGUGAGCCUGGAAGAGAGCGAGGAGGAGGCAGAGGGUGGGGAGGAGCUGUUGGGGAAGAACCCUAUUGAGAUGCUUUGGGGAAGAGCCCUGUCGAGAUGCUUUGGGGCCACUGCCAUACGCCGGGACCCUUCCUGUCGUGCCACGGAGAGCUGCAGAAGGACACCCAGAAACCACCACCAUGAGCCAAGAAGAUAGAGGUUAUCUGGGGAGCACAGGAGGUGAUGUCGGCGGGAGCCUCACCGGGAUGCAUUGUGGCUGUAGGUCCUGGAAGAGACACAACCUAUGGCAUCCCUUGCCAGUCCUCAUUUCCCACCUCUCCCUCAUCAUCUCGUCUGAGAAGGAAGGAGCCGGGAUCUGUCAAGCAGUGGCUGAGGAAACGUCCCCACUUCUUCAUGCUACCCCAUGAUCUGGUGUCCUGGCAUCUCUGCAGCAUAUCCCUAAAGGGACCAGGGGGAAGUGGUGAUGAGAGUCACGUCAUCUAUGGCUUAGAGGGAGAGGUAAGGUGGGGCUUUCUCCACUCAGCCCUUCAUGGUGGAGCUCCUGUGCACCCUAAGGGAUGGGACAAGCACUGGAGAAAGGAACCACCUCCAAAAUCUGCUCGCCCCGUCUCCAGGGAAAGGGUUGAAGGUGUUAGAAAAACAGACCAACAAGAAGAAUGUAGGUCAUUUCAUUGACUGUUACAUAGAUAAACUCAGCACGGGCCUUGCAAAGGUCUGCUUGGCCUCAUCCUUUUUUUUUUUUUUCUUUUUUCUUUUUUUUUUCUGUUACUUUUCCUUCCUUUUGGACUCAGAUUUGUUCCAAGCUGCCCCUCCCUGGAAGGCAGAGAGAGAAAGAGGGAAAGACAGAUCCACCAAUGUACCUGGAGAUAUUUGGUAUACAGAGAUGUUGCCUUAGGACAUUGAGACAAACUGACAACACGAAUAACGUCCACUUGGAAACAAACAAACAAACAAAAAAAAAAAUCUAUUUUUUUCCUUCUUCUUUU